AACUGAAAGUAACGGACUCCUGAAAAUUAUCCGACCGCCGACCGGUGAUGUCGGCUCUUCGGAGUGGAAGAAGAAGAGUGGACUGUCUCGCUGUCCCAUUAUCUCUCUCUCUCUCUUUGAUUAUGUUGCGUGUUUUUAAGGUGUCUUUCUCAAAAGGAACCAUCUUUUCUGCUCCAAAUUAUUGUUCCCACAAUUGUGUCAAUUCAUCGUCUUUCAUGUGCGGAUGAAGGACCCCUUCUCACAUUGCUAUUAUUAUCACAUUCUUCUUCGUCUCUGCUGAAAGUGUAUUAUUUCUGACUUUCAUUCUCCCAAGGAGACAUGGCUUUCCCUUCUUUGUGUCACUCCCAAAUCUCACUCAAGAUUAGUCGCACAGGAUCGGAUAUUAGAGUAAAGGAUUCUGCAAUCAGAUGCUUUAAUAUUGAAUCUGUUGGUCAACAAGGUUUGGCAAAAGGAAUGUUAAAGUGUGACUGGAGUUUCAUGGGUGGAUCAAGAAUCUUUUUCAGACCUCGCCUUGAAACAUUCCAUUUUUACAGGAAGAACCGUCCCAGAUUGUGUGCUUCAUGGUUGGGUCCUCAACUUGCUAGCAAUGCAUUUACUUGGGGAACUGUAGCUGUUCUUCCCUACUAUUCCCUCAUGGUUCUAGCUCCAAAAGCUCAAUUGACGAAAAGGUCAAUGGAAACAAGUUUUCCAUAUGUGGUUCUUGGACUCCUGUAUGCAUAUCUUCUUUACCUGUCAUGGACUCCUGAUACCGUAAGGUUAAUAUUUGGAAGUAAAUAUCUGCUGCCUGAGCUGUCUGGUAUAGCAAAGAUGUUCUCCAGUGAAAUGACUUUAGCUUCUGCAUGGGUUCAUUUACUGGCUGUUGAUCUCUUUGCUGCAAGGUGUUCAUGGAUGGAUUGGAAAACCAGAUCGAAACUCGACAUUCUGUGUCUCUUUGUUUGAUGUUCUGUCCUAUUGGAAUCCUCUCGCAUGUCAUUACCAAAGCACUCACUCAUCAAAAGUAGAAGAAAAUCUCAUAAGCAGAACCGUUUUGUUUUUUUAUUAUCCAAUAAAACAGUUUCCUUUCUCAGAAGAAAUCCCUUGCUAUUGCUAAUACUCUAAUUCCAUGUUUUCCCAUCAUUUCAAUGGAUUGGAUGUAACAUUUUAGUAAUAGUUUCACUGCCAAAAAAAACUGUUUUUGCUGCAGUAUAAAGACAAAAGCCAGAUAAUAAUCUUUGGUUAGAA